GAUGAAGCUGAAGCAGCUAGAGAGCCUUCUUGGCUCUCUUGAACAGUUCCCCACUCCGAAGAUUGAACUCGAACAAUAUCCAACUGGACCCCACAUCGCUUCCCGGAUGCUAUACACUGCUGAAAAUUCAUUUGGGGAUGUAAGCAAUAAGGUGGUUGCAGAUUUUGGUUGUGGGUGUGGUACAUUAGGCCUUGCUGCAGCUCUCUUAGAAGCUGAACAUGUUAUUGGGCUUGACAUAGACACCGAGUCUCUUGAGAUUGCAGCUACUAAUGCUGAUGAGCUUGAGGUAGACAUGGAAUUCGUUCAAUGCGAUAUCAGGAACUUACAGUGGAAAGGCCAGAUUGUUGAUACCAUUGUCAUGAAUCCUCCGUUUGGAACACGGAAGAAAGGUGCUGACAUGGAUUUCCUUUUUGUGGCAUUGAAGGUUGCUUCUCAAGCGGUUUAUUCCUUGCACAAGACCACAACUAGAGAACACAUCAAAAGAGCUGCAUUGCGAGAUUACAACGCUAGCAGUGCUGAGGUUAUAUGUGAGCUUAGGUACGACGUGCCACAGCUGUACAAAUUUCACAAGAAAAAGGAGGUAGACAUUGCGGUGGAUCUAUGGCGAUUUGUUCCUCAACGACAUGCCAAGAGAACCACAAAGAGUUGAUAGCAUUUGCACUUUCACUGUCAAAAAGGAAUGAAUGUAAAAUCAGAAGAAAUGAUAGUCCUUUUUUUGUACGAGAACAUGUCCCCAGUGCCCCUUCUGCAGCUGUGAAUUUGUUAGAAAUCCAACCUGGGAUUUUACUUGACUGCAUAGAUUGGUUGAUCUAUCUUUAAUCUUUGAUACAGAGAUUUGAUCAAACCUUGUACAAUCUUGUUGUCUUUUCUGUGUUUCUCAGGGUUACAUCACUCU